GUGUAGGCUUUGUCUUCUGUUUCAAACUCCAUUCCUAGUACUCCAUACUCCAUUCCCAUUCCAUUCCCAUUCCCCAUAAUAAUAUCAAAACCGAUAUUUGCCCCUUUCCUCCUGUUAUUCUUGGAUCACAUAUUAAUAAAAUUUCAAUGCGUGCGUUGACGUAUGCCGAUUUAGAAAUUCUCAAUCUACAGUUCCCAGACGGGCUAGUGAGACCUGCAAGAAAACCCUAACUCUGCAAUCGUAAUUACACAGGUUCGUCUUCUUCGAUUCACUUAUUUCUCAGCUUUGCAAUUCAAUUCCUUUCUCAGAUCCUCGUAAAUACAAAUACUUCAUAGAUAAGUUCGAGAAAUUUGUUGUUUAAAACCUUAAGAAAAACAAAAACAAAACCCUAGAAUUCAACAAAUUAUGGAUAUGCAAAUUGUGCAAAGAGGUUUAGAUUUUUCUAGGAGAAGAAAAAAAUGGUUAUUGUUACUUGCUGCGUUUGGUGUAACUGGGUACGGGGCUUAUAAGGUUUAUUACUUGCCAUCUGUUGUUAAGAAAAGAAAGAGAUUGUGGAAACUCAUUGAAGCCUUAAUUUCUGUUGUCGAAGUAGUUUCUGAUUCAUCUGAGAUUAUUGGGGUUGUUUCUAAGGAUGUAAAACAGUUUCUUCAGUCUGAUUCUGAUGAAAUUCCCACAAGUUUGAAACAAAUUUCGAAAAUUGCAAAAUCAAAAGAGUUUUUGGAAUCUUUGAUCAGGGUUACUCAAGGGUUGACUGUGGGGAUUUUGAGAGGGUACAAGUUUGAGAGUAAAAAUGAUGGUGAGUCGCAAUCAGGUUCUGAAUUUACGGAUAGGAUUAUGGAUAAAGUUUUCUCAGCUGCUGGUACUGGUUUUGCAUCUGUUGUUGUUGGUAGCUUUGCGAGGAAUUUGGUCAUGGCUUUUUAUUCUGAUGACGAAUCUGGAGGUUCCAAGACUGAUAUGGAUUAUCAAUCUACACCACAAUGGGUAAAUGUUGUUUGCAGUGAUAAAUGCAAAGAUCUUAUAGCUGAUAGCAUUCAGUUGUUUGUAAGUACAGCAGUUGCUGUUUAUCUCGAAAAAACUGAGAAUAUUAACUUUUAUGAUGAGGUCUUCACUGGGAUGACAAACCCUAAGCAUGAAACAAAAGUUAGAGACGUAUUGGUUACUCUCUGCAAUGGAGCUGUGGAGACACUAAUCAGAACAUCUCACCAAGUGAUGACAACGUCGGAUUCGAAUUCAAAUUCGAACAUGGGUUCUAGCUCUGUGUCAUCGCGAAUUGAUAGAAGUGAAGGUCCGAGUAUGUAUGGGAAUGAGGAUUUAUACAGAGAAGCAAUGAUGAGAGAUUUGGAAGAAAAAAAUUCGUCUCAGGGUAUUGAAAACAGUGGAUGGUUCGGUAAGGUGUCAUCUACAUUGGCGGUUCCAAAGAAUAGGAAGUUGGUUCUUGACGUAACUGGAAGAGUGACAUUUGAAACAGUUAGAUCCUUCCUGGAUUUCCUGAUGCGGAAAACAUUGGAUGGUGUCAAAAGAAGCUUUGAUGUUGUUCAUGUGGAGAUUGUUGAGAGGGGUUUAGAUGUGAUGAGAUAUAUUAGUGCAAAGUCUGCUCUUAUUGUUACUGUAUGCUUUGCUUUUUGUCUGCAUCUCGUCGGCGGUGCCAGGGUAUUGCUGCCAGCCUCACCAUACUCAUAUUGACUGACACGGUGGAUUAGCGUCCAGAAAUUUCAGGUUCUCCGACUUGCCUCGCGGCAAGAAGGUUAAAGUUCUAUUUUAUGUGUAUUCGAAUGCUCACCUGUGCUUGUGAUGGUAAAAACAGAGGGCAAUAUUAUUUAGGAGGUGAAUCAAAUUCUUUGCUCAAGAUUGUACAUUAAAUACCUAUAGACUAGAAAACUAUGCAUAUUGAGCAUGCUUAAAUUUCAGAUUUGUAAUCUGUACGUCUUUAUAUUGAUAAAUGAUAAUGGUGACCUCUCAAUUAUAUGA